AUGCGUUUCUCUAUUUUCGCCCUUGCAACCUUCAUUGGCCUAGCCUUUGCCGCACCCAUCGAAGCUGAAAAAGACUCAGCGACUUCUGCUCAGGUCAACAACUGCUACACUCUCUGCAAGAUCGAUGGCGGGUUCAUCUCCGCCUCAAUCGCCCUAGUCCUCUCUCUCGCUAUGCUUGUAGCGGCAUUGCCUGCUGAGCUGGAUAAGAGCGCAUGCCCCGUGAAGAAAUGCGCCGCUGCAGAUCCGGCAAAGUGCUGCCCCGAUAAGUAUGGAUUCUGCAAUACCGACACCAAGGAAUGCAAAUGUGGAAUAGAUUGCCUUUAG